AUGGAGGAUAGAAUACAGUUCAACAUCAACGAGUCGCUCAAGUACUACUUGAGUGACCCGGCCUCUAUCCCGACCCCCGAGGCAGACCCCGAGCUGCUGGAUUGCGAGUCCGACCCGAACCAGCUGUCGACGGCGCUCGUUGACAAUGUGUUGAACCCGAUCGUUGACGCAGUAGCGGAGAACCCAGAAGGACUAACGAGAUCAUCGUUUUUCGAAUCGCUGCAAUUUCUACUCAAGUACGCCCCUGUCCCUUCCCAAGCCCCCCACAGAGGCUUUCAUUCGCCUGGACCCGAUUCUGAACGUUUGAACCCUUGCAGAUAUACCACUUUUCUCCCCACGAAAUCCCUGAGCAAAGUCCUUGACUUGAUUGUCUCUGGACUAUCCGUUGAGGCCGACAUUAUUCAUAGCGACCUCGAAUCCGACGAACAAGAUGCGAUUCAACACCACAAGCAACUUUUGGAGAUGUAUGGCUUUCUUCUCCAGUGGGCUCUGUCCGCCGUGGAGGUAAAGGCGGCCGAGAAACCGGCCGAGUCUGCGCCUGCGCGUCGGGGAGGCCCCAAGUCUAGGUCGAAGUCUGCCAAGGAUGGACAGUGGGAUUGGACCCCCCAGAUCCAGAUUUCCAUGGAGACCAUGUGCAAGGUGAUGAAACUCAAGCUUGGCCGUAUUUUUAUGACGACUUCGGACCGCGAUACAUUUAUCAAUCUGUUCACGCGCACUAUCUAUCUGAUUCUUGAGAGCGAACAGCGAGUGAAGAGCAUGGCUAUUCGCAUGCAUGCCUUUAAGGUCCUCUGUAUUGCGGUUAAGCACCAUGGUCAUGCUUUCGGCGCGCAAACCUCGAUUGUGCAGAGCUUGACAUACUUUGAACAUCUGUCAGAGCCUAUGGCCGAAUUCCUCCACAUUCUCGCGGAGCAGUAUGAUUACCCGCAGCUUUCGGAUGAGAUUCUGAAGGAGCUUGGAAACAAAGAGUUCAAUUCAAACGACACCCGAGGACCCAAAUCAGUUUCUGCCUUCAUCAUCAAGUUGUCUGAGCUUGCCCCAAGAUUGAUCAUAAAACAAAUGACCCUUCUAGCAAAGCAGCUCGAUAGCGAGGCCUAUACCCUUCGAUGCGCAGUCAUCGAGGUGUGCGGUAACCUGAUAUCUGAUUUGAGCCGACAAGAAGAGCCGAGCGAAAACUCCAAGACGCAAAUCAAUGCGUUCUUCGAUGUUUUGGAAGAGCGUUUCCUCGACAUUAACCCGUACUGCCGCUGCCGUGCAAUUCAAGUUCUGAUGCGAAUUUGUGACUUGGAACAGAAGUUCCCCAAGAGGCGACAAGCUGCCGCCCAAUUGGCUGCGAGAAGUCUGGAAGAUAAGAGCAGCAACGUCCGGCGAAACGCAAUCAAGUUGUUAUCAAAGCUAGUGGCCACUCAUCCAUUCAGUGUCAUGCACGGUGGUCAGCUGUCUCAGAAAGAGUGGACUGAGAGACUUGAUGGUGUCGAUCAGGAGCUGAACUCGCUCCGACCUGCAGAGACCCCCGGGUUUGAUGGAGACGUUACGACUGUGGACCCUGAAUUACUAGAUGACGCAACUCAAUUGCCCGACGACUCUCCAUCGAAGGCGCCCCGAAUGACAGAGGAGGAAAAGGCGGAGGCCAUGGAAAAGGCAGCUGAGCAAGCCGCCACAUCUGAGUUGUUGACCCGGCUGCAACUUACGAGAAAGUACUACAAUGAGGCUAUUCGUUUCAUUGAGGUUCUCCAUUCGGCAUCUGCGAUUGUCUCUCAACUGUUGUCGUCUCGCAACAAGAGCGAGGUUAUUGAGGCCAUGGACUUCUUCGUGAUGCUUGAUGCAUACAAGGUAGAGACGGCUCGCAGCGGCAUCCGGCGCAUGCUUCGCUUGAUCUGGACCAAGGGCAACAGCGAUGAAGGCAAGGGUGUCCAAACUCACCUGAUUGAUUGCUACAAGGGCCUCUUCUUUGACGCACCUGACUCUUUCAGCUCGAAUGAUGCUGCGAACUACAUUGCCCGAAACAUGAUCAGUUUGACUUUUGGAGCAACGCCGGCAGAGCUCACCUGCCUUGAGCAGCUGCUCAGCACCAUGAUGAAGGCUGGUCAUAUCUCAGAGGCAGUCAUUGCGAAGUUGUGGCAGGUCUACAGCGUUCAGAGAAAGGAGAUCUCAAAGACCCAGCGUCGGGGUUCUAUCAUUGUACUCGGCAUGUUGGCGCUGGCAGAUCCUGACGUGGUCGUGAAGGAAAUCGAGGCGAUGCUACGCAUUGGUUUGGGCGGCUUGGGUCGAUCGGACCUUGUGCUCGCCAAGUAUACUUGUAUUGCUCUGCGACGCAUGGUGCCAGGUCGCCAGGCCAAGUCCAAGGAUGUCGUCACCGUUCCCAAACUCGCCAAUGAUCACUCUGUUUUGAUCAAACUUGCUGCCAUUCUUGAGAUCGUCUCCGAGAGCAAGGAAUGGUACGGCGUUGCUGAGCAGGCAAUCAGUGCCAUUUACGCUCUAUCUAAGCACCCCGAUGUUCUCUGCUCUGACAUUCUUCGACGCAAGACGCGAUUCGUCUUCCAACCGCAGCAGCAUGAACGCCCAUCUUCUUCUCACACCACUGCCAGCGUUGAGGAUCAAAGGCCAGGAACUGCUUCUACCGAAGAGCAAAAUCCAAAGCCCAAACCUUCCUCGGCUGCUCUCUCACAACUUUUGUACGUUGUUGGUCAUAUUGCCAUCAAACAAAUCGUGCACCUUGAGUUAUGUGAGUUGGACUUUAAGCGCCGGAAGGCUGAGCAGGAAAAGACCAAGACAGCAGAGGCCACUGCCUCAAAGGAAGGCGAAGCUGCCGAUGCCGAUGAACUGGAUCUUAUUGGAGGAACUACGGAGGAUGACUUCCAAGACGCCAUGGCCCACAUCCGAGAGCGUGAGCUUCUGUACGGGGAGAACUCACUGCUAGCCAAGUUCGGCCCAUUGGUAGCCGAGAUCUGUGCAAACAACAAUGCUUAUCCAGACCGUGACCUCCAGGCGUCAGCGACUCUGUGUAUGGCGAAACUUAUGUGCGUGUCUGCUGAGUACUGUGAGAAGAAUCUUCCGCUUCUGAUCACAAUCAUGGAGCGCUCGGAAGACCCGAUUGUGCGUAGCAAUGCCGUGAUUGCGCUCGGUGAUAUGGCCGUCUGCUUCAACCAUCUCAUCGACGAGAACACUGACUUUCUGUAUCGCCGUCUCAAUGACGACGAUGCCUCCGUCAAGCGGACUUGUCUUAUGACCUUGACUUUCCUCAUUCUUGCCGGUCAGGUCAAGGUCAAGGGUCAGCUUGGAGAGAUGGCCAAGUGCUUGGAGGACGAUGACAAGAAGAUUGCGGAUUUGGCUCGCAUGUUCUUCACCGAGUUGGCCACCAAGGACAAUGCCGUGUACAACCACUUCGUGGACAUGUUCAGUCUGCUGAGUGCCGAGCGGAACUUGGAAGAACCUUCUCUGCGUCGCAUUGUCAAGUUCCUCAUUGGCUUUGUCGAGAAGGAAAAACAUGCCCGUCAGCUCUCCGACAAGCUGGCUGCUCGUCUGCCUCGCUGCGAGACCGAACGCCAGUGGAACGAUGUUGCCUACGCGCUGUCAUUGCUCCCUCAUAAGAAUGAGGAGAUUACCAAGAUCGUCGCUGCUGGGUUUAACAAGGUGGUCAGCGGGUCUACAACAGCUCCGGCCAGCACACCCGCCAGCACGGCACCGGUCAGCGCGUCAGCGUAG